CUCCUCUUCUUCUUCUUCUUCUUCUUCUGCUGCUUCUUCUUCUUCUUUGUUUGUUCACAUUACCCAUUACUCCAUUCACUUUGUCCCUUCUCUUUUAUUUUCUUCUAACUCAAAAAACCCCAUUGUUUUUUGCUUUCUCUUUCUCUGUUUCACUUCAUUUUUUCUGAUGGUUUUGUUAGUUGGGAGAUAUUUUACAAGUGAAGGCAUGAGAAAAAAGGUUCAUUUCGAGCUCAGCCUCAGUGUCGUUUGCUUACAACUGUUUCUCCUGUCCUUUGGUUGCCUGAAAUCGUGUUCCAGCCCUUUAGACUUUAACAACUAUCAUGAAUUGGUACAUCAACAAAAUGAUGAUAUGCUUCCUCAGAUAUCCCCCAGUGGAACACCUCAGCCUUUUCUUCCUCUUCUUGCACCGUCACCUUUGGCACCGUAUACAAAUACAACUUCCCCGAAAUUAUCAGGAAUGUGUGCGUUGAACUUUACGGCUGCUGAGGGCCUGAUGAGUACCACAUCAAUAGAUUGCUGGUCUGUUUUUGCACCAUUGCUGGCUAAUGUGAUUUGCUGCCCACAGUUGGAAGCAACCCUUGCAAUUCUCAUUGGUCAAUCGAGUAAAGAUACCAAUUUGCUCGCUUUGAAUGGAACCACUGCCAAACAUUGCUUGUCAGAUAUUGAGCAGAUUUUAGUGGGCCAGGGUGCAAAUGACAGUUUGAGGCAGAUAUGCUCGAUCCGUUCAACAUAUCUUACUGAAGCAUCUUGCCCUGUAAAAGAUGUUGAUGAAUUUGAGAGUACUGUCGACACUUCCAAGUUGCUUGCUGCUUGCGAGAAAAUCAAUCCUGUGAAAGAAUGCUGUGAGCAAAUUUGUCAGAACGCCAUAUUAGAAGCUGCUACAAAGAUUUCGUUGAAAGCUUCUGAUCUUUUGAGCAUGGCUGGAUCGCAUGUCUUACCUGAGCACUCAAGUGAGGUCAAUGAUUGUAAAAAUAUUGUGCUCCGCUGGCUAGCAAGUCAACUUUCUCCUGCUCAUGCUAAGGAAGUUCUCAGGGGACUGUCUAAUUGCAAAGUUAACAAAGUUUGUCCCUUGGUUUUCCCUGACAUGAGACAUGUUGCGAAGGAUUGUGGGAAUGAGGUAAGUAACCCGACUGCAUGCUGUACAGCCAUGGAAAGCUAUGUGUCCCACUUGCAAAAGCAGAGCUUCAUUACCAACUUGCAAGCUUUGGAUUGUGCUACAUCAUUGGGAAUGAAAUUGCGAAAAUCAAAUAUUACCAGAGAUGUGUACAGUCUGUGCCAUAUAAGCCUCAAGGACUUCUCCCUCCAAGUCGGUAAUCAAGAGUAUGGAUGCCUUUUGCCAAGUAUGCCCUCCGAUGCUGCGUUUGACACUUCUGGGAUCAGCUUCCUUUGUGAUCUCAAUGACAAUAUUCCCGCCCCAUGGCCGAAUACAUCUCAAGUGUCAGCUUCAUCAUGCAAGACAACCGUCAAGAUUCCUGCACUUCCUGCAGCCACAUCCGCGCAAAGUGGUCUUUACAUUGAUGAUGCCAUGCUCAUUAUGUUCCUCGUUUCCUCAAUGCUUCUUAUGAAGUUCUUGUAAAGAAAGUCUGCUUCGGGAAGGAUGCUAUUGGAUGAGUGCCUUAAAAAUAGCUCGUCCAUAAGGAAGUCAUCCCAGUCAGCGGAGGACCUUUUUUUGGCAUUAGGAAGAGAAACUUUGAUUGUUGUUUGUGUUUCAGGUCAUAUGUUAUUGAUUAGUGAUUCUUGCUUGCUUGUAUAAUAAGAUUCUUGUAAAGGAAUUUUUAGGAAGGGUGAGAAGGAACGUUAUAUUGUAACUAGUAACUACGACAAAAUCAGAUUAGCAUGAAAAAGAUUCGGAUUGCGAAUUGCAGCCACAAAUAUAUUUAUAUAUAUAUAGAAAAUUUUGUUUU